CUUUUGGCGGAUCUUACGAGAACAACACUCUCAAACAGCUAAAAACAAAAAAAUCGACUGCUCCGCCCCGCUUCGUAAGAUCUGAGGUUUUGCUCACUCGCUCACUCCGUUAGAAUUCUCUCGAAGAACGACGAAAUUCCGAUGGCACCUCCUGCAUUGGUUGCUAACGGUAACGUAGCCGACGUUAAAUCCCCGACCGCCGGCCGUUACGCCGCUGUUUACAGCGAAGUGCAGAACAGCCGCCUCGAUCAUCCCCUCCCCCUCCCCUCCGUCCUCAAAAAACCAUUCAAAGUCGUCGACGGUCCACCUAGCUCCGCCGCAGGGAAUCCAGAUGAGAUUGCGAAAUUGUUUCCUUGCCUCUUUGGACAACCGUCGGCAGCCUUGGUACCAGACAGUAAUAACUCGUCUGGACAGGCCUUGAAGAUUGGAGUGGUUUUAUCUGGAGGCCAAGCCCCAGGAGGGCACAAUGUUAUUUCUGGAAUUUUUGAUUACUUGCAGGAUCGAUGCAAAGGCAGCACACUGUAUGGAUUCAGGGGUGGACCAGCUGGCAUAAUGAAGGGCAAAUAUGUGGUGUUGAAUUCAGAUUUCAUCUAUCCUUACCGAAACCAGGGAGGGUUUGAUAUGAUUUGCAGUGGAAGAGAUAAGAUAGAGACUCCAGAACAGUUUAAGCAAGCUGAAGACACAUCAGUUAAGCUUGAUCUAGAUGGCCUUGUCGUAAUUGGCGGAGAUGACUCAAAUACGAAUGCUUGCCUUCUGGCAGAGAAUUUUAGGAGUAGAAAAUUGAAAACUAAGGUUAUUGGAUGUCCGAAGACGAUUGAUGGUGACCUUAAAUGCAAGGAGGUCCCCACAAGUUUUGGGUUUGAUACUGCUUGCAAGGUAUAUGCAGAAAUGAUCGGGAAUGUCAUGGUAGAUGCUCGAUCAACAGGAAAAUACUACCACUUUGUUCGACUUAUGGGACGUGCUGCUUCUCACAUUACCUUGGAGUGUGCUUUGCAAACUCAUCCAAACAUCACUCUUAUUGGAGAAGAGGUAGCUGCAAAGAAACAGACCCUUAAAAAUGUUACAGACUACAUUGCUGAUGUAAUAUGCAAACGUGCGGAACUUGGCUUCAACUAUGGUGUUAUACUCAUACCAGAAGGACUAAUAGAUUUCAUUCCAGAGGUCCAACAGCUUAUCGCAGAAUUGAAUGAAAUUUUGGCACAUGAAACUGUAGAUGAAGCUGGUGCUUGGAAAAAGAAACUCACUACUCCGUCUCAUCAGCUUUUUGAUCUUCUACCUCCAGCAAUCCAGGAGCAAUUGAUGCUUGAGAGAGAUCCACAUGGAAAUGUUCAGGUGGCCAAAAUCGAAACUGAAAAAAUGCUUAUUCAAAUGGUCGAAACUGAGUUGGAGGUGAGGAAGAAAGCAGCUGCUUAUAAGGGUGAUUUCAAAGGCCAACCUCACUUUUUCGGAUAUGAAGGGAGAUGUGGUUUGCCAUCUAAUUUCGAUUCAACGUACUGCUACGCUUUGGGUUAUGGUGCUGGAGCAUUGCUUCACAGUGGGAGAACCGGAUUAAUAUCCUCUGUGGCGAACUUGGCUGCCCCGGUGGAAGAAUGGACUGUCGGUGGAACUGCACUAACUUCACUAAUGGAUGUCGAAAGAAGACAUGGUAAAUUCAAGCCAGUGAUAAAGAAGGCAAUGGUUGAACUAGAUGGCGCCCCAUUCAAGAAAUUCGUGUCGUUAAGGGAAGAGUGGGCUCUUAAAAACCGAUAUAUUAAUCCUGGUCCCAUUCAAUUUGUUGGCCCAGCAUCGGAUACGCUUAGCCACACCUUACUGCUGGAAAUUGGAUCCCAAGUAUAAGUGUGAGUACACACAUUGCUUAUUCUUUUUGGCAAUAUCACAGUAACCGUUUUUACCCUUUUCGUCAUUUUAAAGACAAUUCUCCCGUUUUAUUCUCCUUCUGCUUGUUCUUGUCCGAGGAUUAGUCUAAGUUAAUGUUAUCGUUUCCAGUACUAUGAUUAGGAUUAAUAAUACAUCGAAGUACAGUCCCGUUAUGAAACGAUUUCUUGCAAAUUCAUAAACCAAAGGUUUGAUUUUCAAACUAUAUUGUUCUUUCUU